AUGUACAGGACGUGUGGUGGAAACAAGCAAUGGUUGUUGAUGUUGUUGUUUUUUUCAUCUGGUUGUGUUCAACUGAAUCUGAGAGAACAGAACAUCCUCUGCUUCUUGGGUUUGUUUUUUUUCAUCUGUCUUCAACUGAAUCCGCGGAACAGAGAACCCCUCACCUCACUUCUCUUUAACCAUUCAACUUUCGCCUUUGUUUUCGUGACUGACAUGGCUGGAGGUGUUGUUCAGCAGUUACUGAGGAGGAAACUCCACCCUCAAUUUAUUAACUCUUCCUUGUUGUCACCCAUUAUAGCAAAGAAAGAUGAUGCUGGCUCUACUAGCAGUAGGUCCUUAAGAGCAGUUGCAUUACUUGGAGCUGGUGUGUCAGGCUUUUUCGGUUUUUCUACAAUGGCAGCAGCUGAUGAAGCUGAGCAUGGCUUGGCAUGUCCAAGCUAUCCAUGGCCUCACAAGGGAAUUCUUAGUUCAUAUGAUCAUGCUUCGAUUCGUCGUGGUCAUCAAGUUUAUACAGAAGUUUGUGCUUCCUGUCAUUCUAUGUCUUUGAUAUCAUAUCGUGAUUUGGUUGGUGUUGCUUAUACAGAAGAAGAGGUAAAGGCUAUGGCAGCUGAGAUUGAGGUGGCUGAUGGCCCCAAUGAUGAGGGUGAGAUGUUUACGCGCCCUGGUAAACUCAGUGACCGUUUUCCUCAGCCAUAUGCAAAUGAAGCAGCUGCUAGAUUUGCUAAUGGAGGAGCUUAUCCUCCAGAUCUAAGUCUUAUUACCAAAGCCCGUCACAAUGGUCAGAAUUAUGUUUUUGCCCUUCUAACUGGUUAUCGUGACCCUCCUGCCGGUGUUGCGAUAAGGGAAGGACUUCAUUAUAAUCCUUACUUUCCUGGUGGAGCAAUUGCCAUGCCUAAAAUGCUUAAUGAUGGUGCUGUGGAAUAUGAAGAUGGUACCCCUGCUACAGAAGCUCAGAUGGGGAAAGAUGUUGUGUCAUUCUUAAGUUGGGCAGCCGAACCUGAGAUGGAAGAGAGAAAACUGAUGGGAUUUAAAUGGAUAUUUGUACUGUCACUGGCACUACUUCAGGCUGCCUAUUACCGUCGUUUGAGGUGGUCAGUUCUAAAGUCUCGCAAGUUAGUUCUUGAUGUUGUCAACUAG